CGGCGGCGGCGGCGGCGGCGGCGGCGGCGGGGAGAUGGCGGGGCGGCGGCGGGCGCUGCUGCUGCUGCUGCUGCGCUGCCUCCUGCUGGGGCUGCUGGGCGGCGGCGGCGGGGGCCAGCCCGGCGGCGGCGAGUACUGCCACGGCUGGGUGGACGGGCAGGGCGGCUACCACGAGGGCUUCCAGUGCCCCGAGGGCUUCGACACGGCGGCCGCCACCAUCUGCUGCGGCUCCUGCGCGCUGCGCUACUGCUGCGCCGCCGCCGAGGCUCGCCUGGAGCAGGGCGGCUGCACCAACGACCGGGAGCCCCCGGACCCGGGAGUCACCGCCCAACCGAUCUACGUGCCGUUCCUCAUUGUUGGAUCGAUAUUUAUUGCCUUCAUCAUCGUGGGCUCGCUGGUAGCAGUUUAUUGUUGCACGUGCCUAAGACCUAAACAACCAUCGCAGCCGAUAAGAUUUUCUCUGCGGAGCUACCAGACCGAGACUCUUCCCAUGAUCCUGGCCUCCACAAGCUUCAGGACGCCGUCCCGGCAGUCCAGUACUGCGACAAGCUCCAGUUCGACCGGUGGCUCGGUUCGCAGGUUCUCCUUCCCCCGGGCAGAGCCGGGGUGCCUCGUGGCAUCGCCACCCCCACCGUACACAUCUGGCUGUUUCCAGACAGCCCAUGCAGUCCAUCUCACUCAGCCGUCGGGAUUUCUGGUGUCACCACCGUACUUUGGGUAUCCUCUCCAGCCAGAGCCUGCCCUGGCUGGGAAGAGCUGCUCCGAUUUCAGUCAGAGCUGAAAGGAGUUGUGGAGAAAUCAGGGAGCCUUCAGAAGUGCAGGGACUGCUGCGGUGGGUGUCACACUGACAGGCUCUGUGGCUGCGGCAGGCAGAACCGUUCCCGUGGGUGAGUUGCCCUUGAAAAGUGCAAGGUCCCAUUUGGGUUCUCAUUUCCCAAACUUGGAUCACACUAACAAAUGAAUUGUAAAAUACUCCAAACAGUUGCUCUAAAACAUGACUGCUCUGAUUGUUUGGUCUGAUUUGUGCAGGAAGUGUUCAGAGACAAGUAGAAAAACGAUUUUGGGAUAAAGGUACUUCCUUCCCGGUGUUACAAAUGACAUUUUAACCCUAAAUGCUAUUAACUUAGUUAACAAACGGUGGCUGCGUUCCACUGAUAAUAAUCAAACUAGUUCUAUAAAUCAGCAGUAAGCCUGAGAAGUAAGAGAGGAGUAAUAUUUACUAGAGGAUCCUGAAAACAGCCGACUGCUUCCCACUUCCAUAAGCAGUGAGAAUAAGAGGAAGAGUUUUACUACAGAUACCAAAAUGCAUAGGUUUUUAAAAAUACACAUAAUAUACCUGAACUUACACUGCCUAUUUGCGUUUGUAAACUUUAACUAUGCUAGCUAAAACUAGUACUGAUUAGGCUAGCUGAAAAUGAGCCAGUCCCAAGCAGCUGAAUUAUCUAUGAGAAAAGCAGAACGUAUUCAGCAAUAUCACUAGUAACUUCUCCGCAUAAAAUUCUCAAAAUGGCGUUGCAUUAAAGCAUUUUUCAGAAGGAAGUGUUGUUGGCUUUUUGCUCAGCAACAUGUGUAAGUUGGACAAAUGGAUCAUAAAGUUCUAUUUGUAAAAUUAGCCAUGUAUAAAAUGUAAAGACAAGCUUGUAAUUUAAAAUGCAUUUACAGCAUUGACAACACUAAUUAUUUAGUAGUCACACCAAAAAAAAUUUUAUCAAUAAACUGUGUGGUUUAAAUGUUGUGUCAUCUGGAUGUCUCUGUACAGAUAGUGUUUGAUGAGCAAGUUUUUUCAUUUUGAUGGUGUACCUAUACUGUGUUUUUUCCUGUUAAAAAUAGUUGAUUUUUCUUUUGUAAAUGAUUUACAUCUUUAACUGCACCUGUUGUGCAGAUUUAAUACAAUACAAAAUUCUGACUGUGUAGCAAAUGAAUAGAUUAAUUAAUGUCUUUUAUAUGUAACUGUGGUAAAAAUGUGGUUAAAAAUACACUGAUUAGUUGGGUAUUUUAAUUUAAAACAUCCUGCCCUAGGAAUAAAUUUUGUUUGCCCAUCGACAUUCCUUCACCCGAGUAAACCAACAGACCAAAUGGAAGAAGAAAAAAAAUGCAUCUAAACCAAACACAUGCAGAAAGCAAAUGGAAAAUACACAGGAAAAAAUGCAGUUGUUAAAGGGCUUCUCUGUAUACUUAUUUUUGUGAACAAACGAAGACAUUCAGAGGCUGAACCUUCCUGUUCUGUGAGCCCCAAACUCCCUGUGUGUAGGUUCUGUUGAAGAACAUUCUAGCUGACCUAUUUCACAAGUACUAGCGUAUCACUGCAUAUUAAAAUUACAGCAUGUCUAUUCUGAAUUACAGUAUACUUCUCUGUAUUUUAGAAAAGCUUUAUGGGUUCUUCCUUGACAGUUGAGUAAUUCUCUUUCUUAGCAAAUAUCUAGCAAUCAGUAUCUUAGCAUUUAUGAAAAAAAUAUUUUGAAACAACCCUUUUAAUAUGUUCUUUAUUGCAUAAUGAACAUUACACUCCAACAGAUACUACUGGUGGAAAUGCAUUUUCUAAGAAAGAAACUUAAAUUGUAUACAAUGAUGUUUUAAGUAAUAGAUUUUAGCUUGAAUGCUGUAGUUCUUAAUUACAAACUGAAAUUAUGAUGCACUGCAUACAUUUUAUAAAAAUCUAAAAACUUUUAAUACUUGGGAAAUUUAUUGGAAAGUAAGUGUUUUGGCUUGCUUUUUUUUUUUUUAGAAACAAUCUUCAAGUAAGGAGGUGGGUAAAUUUUUGCCUGCUUUUGGUGAUGUUUCAUUGGACUCUUUUCACUGUGUAUUUUGAAUGGAUAAGAAAUAUGGAACUUUCCAUCAAGUAACUUUUGUGAAAAAUUGUUUAAUAUUGCAACAGAUACCAGCUCUGUUCUUUGGCAGCAUCCUGCGAGAUUUGCUGAUCGUUCCUGUAUACAGCAGAAACUGGUAGUAAAACAAGCUGUAUUUUUUACUUUUACUAUAAUGACUCUUCAAUUAGUAGAAAUCUUUCUUUACCUAGCAAACCGGGGCAGCACAGAUCCUUCUGGAAGCAGAAACUUCAUUGAUUUUAGUUAAGAAGGUGCAGUUUUGUGUAUCUUGAAAGAGCGAUUAGUCAUCAGAGCCCAACACAGAUGAUGGGUAGCUGGAAUUCAGUGUUUUCCUCAAAGAUGGGCUGUACACAGCCAAGUCCAGGGCUGGACUGGGUUACUGCCUAUUACCAUUUGGAGGUGUAGGCUGAACAGGCCAGGCUGCUUCACUGUUAACGCUCUCAGCGGGCUCGGCGGUCAGAUUUGUUAAUUUUUUAACAUCGGGGCAGAUUUUCACGACGCUUCCGUACAGUCUUAAGGAUUUUAACAAUUGGCGUAGGCAGAGGCUGCGCAGUUUGCCAUGUCGUGUGAAACAGCCCCGCAGGGAAGACCCCUGUGAGCUCCUUCUUUUCCUCCGGGUGCCGCACGAGGUUUGACCUCUAAAGGGCUUGAAGAGCCUGACACACAGGAGUAACGUCACCGACUCAGACAUACCUAAGUUCGCAGAGCGCUAGCCAGGCACUUCAUGGACUGGUAGCCAGAGCACAACAAAUCUUGCAGAUUGGGGUCUAAGGCUGGGAAAGAUCAGGUGAGGUUAAAACAGCUGUACUGGGUUACUUGUAAAACAGGUGAGGUGGGGAUAAUGCACCAUCUGCAAAUAGAUGAGAAUCUAUAAGUUACGAGGAAGCUAUAAAAUUAUUGUUCAUGUAGCUACAGUGGCAGUGACCUAUAUAGCUGAGGGGAGAGGAAAGGACGUGGGCAGAACACAAGCCCGUGGACUGAAGUGCUUGUUGCCUGUGCCAGGAUUUUCCAACUCGGAUGGAUUCAGGGUGCAGACAAGAAUGCUGAAUUUCCUUCCCAAUGUAAAGGACCUACUGGCAUUAGAUGCUCCUAUGAUUUACAGGAAAGUUUUCCUACACUUUGCAGACAGAACAAAAAUUACAUUCUGAUACUGUUUUAAUGACUAGUGAAACAGUUUCAAGGGCUACAAAUAUGCUUGAAGUAAAAGCAGUUGCUUGCUAUCAGAAGAAACAUUUACACAGUUCAUACUUCACUUACUGCCAUGCUUAUUUUUUAACAAAGUAAAUUCAACUAUUUUUUUUUUGUAAUAGUGGAGUUAGUUCAUACUCAUUACUAGUGACACGAAUCUAAAAUAAAUCAAAAUGAAAAAAAGAAUCACACUCAUUAAAUUGAUUAUUGUCAUUCACACACGAUGCACACAAUUCUUUGAUUGCCAUUAAUGGGUAAUGGCACGUACGAAACCCAAGCCUUCUGUGGGCAAAGAGUAAUAGUGACAUGACUUAGAUCAGCCAUUUGGUUUGUGUUUCUGCAUGUUGGGUUUCUUAAGUGUGUAUCUCCAAAAUGCAUCAAAACUCUUCAGUGCUAGGAAAAACAUUACAGGUACUUGCAAGAAUGUCUGAAGGAUUUUAUUUUAAACUAGGUAAGCAGUACAGGAUAUGGCUAUGGAAACUCUUGGAUUGUUUCUAAUACUAAUCCCACUGGAAUUAAAAAAAUAGCGGCAAUUUUAACAUUAUUUUGUCACCACUGUUCAGUUGCAGCUUAACAGUAACAUUAAGGAGAUGGAGUCAGUUUUCAGGGCUGUUUUUCUGCGUAUUGUGAUGCGCUGUGUGGACUUGAACUACUCUGAACAUAGCUUCUGC